AUGUUCGAGGAUGAUAUCAAACCGGAUAAUUUUCUCAUGGGCCUGGGGAAACGGGGAAACCUGGUCUACAUUAUCGACUUUGGUUUGGCGAAGAAAUACCGGGACAGUCGAUCUCAUCAACAUAUCCCGUAUCGGGAAAACAAAAAUCUCACCGGUACAGCACGUUAUGCCAGUAUCAACACGCAUUUGGGUAUCGAGCAAGCCCGACGUGACGACAUGGAGUCUUUGGGCUACGUCCUGAUGUACUUCUUACGUGGAUCUCUACCCUGGCAAGGAUUGAAAGCGGGCACAAAACGACAAAAAUACGAACGCAUCAGUGAGAAAAAAAUGCAAACCCCGGUCGAGGUUCUGUGUGAGGGUUAUCCGGGU